ACAAAAUCAGCUGUUGCAUCACAUAUAUAUAUAGAGUGGAUGCGUUUACAAAACAAUUGAUUGUUUAUAUUUGAACUAAGCUGAAGUUCGGGUAAACUUUGGUUUAUUUUCAACUAACAUAAUGACGCUUCAAUGCCGCACCUGUGGAAGCGUCAUCUACAACAAAAUGCCCAAGAAUCUCUUUCACAUGGAGAACGAGAAGAUGCUGCAAAACAUAAAUCUUGUAACUGGCACAAUGCUCUACAACGAUCCAGAGCUGCCCAGCUGCAUAUGCGCCUGCUGUACGCUGGACUUGAACCAAGCGAUUGUGUUCCGGGAGCGGUGCAUCCAAACGCAGGAGCAACUCGUCCAGCAGCAUAGAUCUCCCGAAGGGAAGGAACCGGAUGAUGAAGACUGUCUACAAAUAAAGGAGGAACAUGAUGCGGAGGAACUGGCUUUGCCGGUGGAUGAGCUGAACGAUCCAUUCGGGGAAGUCGAUGAAUACUUUGAGGAAUCCCCAGAUGAGGAUGCGGAUCGUGAUAUUGAUGCGCAUCAAGAUCUGGAUGAGGAUCAAUAUAUUGAUUCUAUUGAAGAUGCUGAUGCGCUUCAAGAUAUGGAUGCAGUUCAGUUGGAAGUAGCCGAAGAGGUUUCUCAAGAUGCCGAAUCCCUAAUCUCAAGUGUACAGAAGGAAUUUGAGAGUAUUUACAACGACGACAGUAACUCGGACAACAAGGACUUCAUGGUGGCCCAAAACGGUGCCUAUUGCACUGAAACUGCGAAUGAAGACGAAAUAUCAUCGAACCCAAACUCACCUCUGCCCGAGUUAAAGAGUGUGGAAGGUCGGUUCACAGCAAACAGUGGCUCAACGGAGGCAGCGACCAUGAAACCCAAGCGGAAGAAACAGUACGUUACGUGGAAGAACAUGACCGAGGAGCAGAUCAUAGAGCGGAAGCGGCUGCAGCGUAAACGCGACUGUGUCUGCGAACAGUGUGGCCGGCACUUCACCGACCAGAGCAACUUUAAGCUGCACAUGUUGCGGCACACGGGCAAGAAGAACUUUGUCUGCCAGCAGUGCGGCAAACGUUUCUACACCGACCAUCUGAUGACGCUGCACCACCGGAUCAUUCACCAAGGCGAGAAGCCCUACGCCUGCCGGUUUUGCAACAAGUCAUUCCACAAUAGUAACACUCGCCUUAUCCACGAGAGGAUUCAUACCAAUGCCAAACCCUACAGCUGUCAUCAAUGCGACAAAUGUUUUAAGUCAGCUUCCGGACGAAAACGGCACGAACUAAUUCACUCCGGAGUGCGGGCCUUUACCUGCACCAUCUGCAAUCAAUCCUUCCAGCGCAACACUCACUUAAAGGCCCAUCUGCGGUCCAAGUUUCACACUGCUAAAGCGAGAACCAUGGCUGCGGAACAACAACAAUUAUAAACUGAUGUAUAGUGUUUUAUUAAAAAAGAAGUAUUAAAUAUAAGAUCUAAACGAA